AUAGGUUCGUCUUUUAAAAGAGAGACAUGCGUUAGUGGAGGAAAUCUGAUUAAGAUUUACACACACCAAUGUCAAGUUGUAAACGGAAAGAAGCAGUGUCCGGUUUACUGCAAUGGCAGAGGCACUUUCGACCAACAGACAAGUGGGUAUUACGUGAUUACAAUAUACACUAUCACUGAAAAAGAUUUGUAGCUUAGUUCUUGUAGCUUUCAUUUGUUCAGGAGUUUUAAAAUGGCUGUACCUUUUGACACUACAAUAUUACUAAGAAAACAAUUAAAUUUUAGGCUCCAUAUCAUUUGAAGGUUUAAAGUCGGAUAUAUGCAUCCAAGUACUUUAUAACCCGCAAAAUUUCCAGUGAAGAGAAAACAAAUUCAAAACUUUUUUUUUUCUUGUUUGUUUCUUCGCCUUGGUCUUUUACCUUAGCUCAUGGAAUAAUCUUCCUUAAGUCACAGAUGCCAGCUUGCACAACCGUACCCAUCUCUCCUCUCGCAAGGAAUCCCUAUAUUAUCAUUAAAGUACCAUUUAGGAGGAGUACGUUGAGUCACUCGCCAUUAAGAUAAUUUUUAUUCAUUUUAUGUCAAACCAAUGCAGUGGUUGUAAAAUUUGGUCCAUUCACAAAUAUUUCAGUUGAGACCAAGCUGUGUUGGGACAAAAGUCGAGCUUAAUAUCGCGUUAAUGACAGUUUUAGCAGAUGCGUGAAUAAUGUGAUAAUAGAGACCGAUGUUUUUUCGUCUUGUCACGAGCGUGGAACAAGGAAAAAAUUCUGAGUCCUCAUUAGGAAUCGAAUCUCAGACCCUCGGAUUCCGCGCUCCGAUGCUCUACCACUGAGCCACAGAGACUCCACGGUGAGCGCGGUGUAUCACGAAGUCAGGAGCCCAUCACUUAUAUGUAAUGGGCUCCUGACGAAGUUCAUAUGAAACGCAUCCUGUAUACUGCUAGCAUCCGCAAUGUCGAUAGCGUGACAAGAGUGGUAGAGCAUUAGAGCACGGAAUCCGAAGGUCUGAGGUUCGAUUCCUAAUUCCUAAUUGUCCCAAAAAAACCAUCUUUCUCUUUUUCUUUACCGAGCUCAAAACUUACUAUCUCUCUUAUUCUAAAUAUGAUAAUAUGUAUGAUAAUAUAAAAUUCUGUUAAAAUGACGAUAACAUGAUCGGAAUUGGUAUCGAUUUCGCUUGAAAAAUUGCUCACCAAGUUAGUGUCAGACGCAACAUUUCAGAAACGGUUAUAGAGCUUUGCUGAUUGAGCCUUUCUCCAAAACUUAUGCCACUUUCUUUGAUAUUUCCCAAACACACCAAUGUCAAUUCUGCCAUGAACGAUAACUGACGGCCAAAGCUGUCCUGAGUGCUCGAUCCCUCGAGGAUAGCAACAAAUAUAGCUCAGGAAAAUUUUAAAAAGUCUCCAAUAUUUCUUUUUGCACUAAGAAGUAUAAUAUAUCAUGUGUAAAUGAUGGCAUUGAUGACAGAUUUGCAGAAUACAAAGCACUAGGGAUUACAUAUUUACAUGUAUUUACAAAAAAUCAUCUGCACGAAAAGCAAAGUCGUCUUCCACAGCGACUAGCUGAUUCGAUGAUGAUAACAGUAGUGGAUUGUCGAAGUCCUUCCAAAUUCGUUUUUUUUUAUUGAUAUGGUAAUUAUCUUGCAGGAUUUGAGAUCUCGAAGUACAAAAGUAAGAAGUGUAUUCAAUUUGAUGACGGAAGCAUCAGAUAUUCGUUGAAAGUCAUAAAUGGGACGGACGUAAUUUUUGAGGUGAGUUUAGAUUGCUUAUACAAAAGGAAAGCAGAACCUAUUUAGGUUGGUCGUUUAGGUCUACUACAAGUGCUCAAGUCCUUGUCUUUUCCUUAUUUUCUUGCUCCUUACUCAUAAGCAACUUAUGGUUAUGGUUAUGGUUAUGAUAAAAAUUGAAAAAUAAUAAAUACUAUUAUUUUGCUCUCUAUGCAUGAGCGGGCGGUAUUCUACAAAUCCUGCAAUCUGAUUGAGCGGUAGUACUCUCCAAUCCAGCCCUCUCACGCCGGGCGCUAUCCUAUUGGUUGCGUGAUGAGUCGACCGAUAAAUCCUUAUUUGGCUUCGUUGUAAAUUUUCAUAAAUAUGUUUUAUUUUGCCGGCUGGCCAGCAUUUACAGGGAAAGAUUUCAAUCAAGACCUAUAACCGACAAACAACUUUUAAUGGAAUGAUAAUCUCGACGACGAUUACGAUGAUAAUAAGAAAGUUGAUAACAAUAGCAAAGAAAAUAAACUGAAAAAUUAUGUGUCAAUAAGCAAAUGCAGAGAAGAGGACUGUAAAAGAUUCAGGCUUCAACAAGACAUUUGAUUUUUUUUUUCAGGCUUCUUUUCUGCAGUUGCGUAAAUUGCAGCUCACUUGCGAGGAUUGCUUGAUUUUCAUCCGCAGGUCAAAUGAAGUUAUUUCAUUAAAAAUUACAAGUAAAUGUUAAAUUUUUUGUUUUGUAGGAACAGUCAGCGUGCGAUACAACAACCAGCCACGACUUCUUAUUCAAAGAAGAGAAAAAUACCGCCGGAAAAUUUACAUACAAAUACACCUCGAGUACCAAUCAGGCGUUGUACCUCGGAGUUAGUGCCAACUGCUCUGAUGAAAAUCUAUAUUUUCUUUCCACAACUAAUCAAGACAAACGGUGUUUCAUGGAGAGAUGGUCUUGA